AUGCCGCACUACCACCCCCUAACAGCUCUAACCACCAAAACAACCGAUCUCCUCGCGAGAUCCAACAUCCUAACCUAUCUACGCCCACAACCCUACAACCGCGGAAAUCUCCUCCGCCUCGCCCUCAACACAGCCCUCAUCGCCCUAAUACUCCCAGCCGCCUACCGCGACUAUGAGGCGUACCUCUCUCUCGGACCCGGCGGACCACCAUAUAACGUCCUCGGCUGGCUGACAGUCAGGCUCUUCUUCAACCCGUUCAAGCGCGAGAUGUUCGGGACAAGAAUCUACGAUGCAAAGAUCGGGAAUGGCCACAGUGGGUUUCUAGCUGAUGAGGAGGUGCCCGCGCGCAAAGGCGAGCGUCCGGCCAUGGGACCCUUCGCCGCGCCGCAGAGGCAGAUUAACCAGGUUCCUAGCAAAGAGAUGCAGGAGAAAUUCAUGGCGACCUACGCCUCUUUCCUUGAUCGCAACGCCCGCCUCCUCGACCGCGUCCCCUCGAUCCUGGAGAAAUACACCGAUGCCGCGCACGUGGCCUCAUCUAUCCCCCUAACCCCCGUCGCAAGGCAGCUGAAGCGCGAAAUCUGCCAUGUCCACGGGACGAGCGAUCACAGCGUACAUGUUACGCUUGCGCCGGCGGACUGUAAACGCGUCAUUGACGCGGGCUGGGGCCAGCGGUUUCCGCUUGCGGGGUCGAGUUUGUUGAGGAAUGUUACGUUUGGGAGGCUCGGGAGCCUGCCCGAGGAGUUUGUGUUUGUUUAUGCGCCGCGUGAUGAGGGGGAGAUUGAGGUUGUGAUGGGGAUUGUUAGGGCGGGUGUAAAGUAUGUUGCUGGGGUGGAGGAGGGUCCUGAUGAGAUGGGUCCGGAUGUUUAG